GCGCACGCGCGGUAGGUACGGCUGGGGAAUUCAUGUGGAGGUCAGAGUGGAAACAGGUGUGAGUGGGUCCAACAGAAAGAACCAUGGCGGCCAAAGUGUUUGAGUCCAUUGGCAAGUUCGGCCUGGCCUUGGCUGUGGCCGGAGGCGUAGUGAACUCUGCCUUGUAUAACGUGGAUGCCGGGCACAGGGCCGUGAUCUUUGACCGGUUCCGUGGCGUGCAGGACAUGGUGGUCGGGGAAGGGACCCACUUUCUCAUCCCGUGGGUACAGAAGCCAAUCAUCUUCGACUGCCGCUCGCGCCCACGGAACGUGCCAGUCAUCACUGGCAGCAAAGAUCUACAGAACGUCAACAUCACGCUGCGCAUCCUCUUCCGGCCCGUGGCCAGCCAGCUGCCACGCAUCUUCACCAGCAUCGGCGAGGACUAUGAUGAGCGCGUGCUGCCAUCCAUCACCACGGAGAUCCUCAAGUCUGUGGUGGCGCGCUUUGACGCAGGCGAGCUCAUCACGCAGCGAGAGCUGGUCUCCAGGCAGGUGAGCGACGACCUCACGGAGCGGGCAGCCACCUUCGGCCUCAUCCUGGAUGACGUGUCCUUGACGCAUCUGACCUUCGGGAAGGAGUUCACAGAAGCUGUGGAAGCCAAGCAGGUGGCUCAGCAGGAGGCCGAGCGGGCCAGAUUCGUGGUGGAGAAGGCCGAGCAACAGAAGAAGGCGGCCAUCAUUUCUGCCGAAGGUGACUCCAAGGCGGCCGAGCUGAUCGCCAACUCACUGGCCUCAGCGGGCGACGGCCUGAUUGAGCUGCGCAAGCUGGAGGCGGCGGAGGACAUCGCAUACCAGCUCUCGCGCUCCCGGAACAUCACCUACCUGCCGGCCGGCCAGUCUGUGCUCCUGCAGCUGCCCCAGUGAGAUCCAUUUCCCUUGGGCCACUCUGAACACUCAGCACCUGCCUUCUGCCACACCCCAGAAAUCACUGUGACAUUUCAUGAUUGGCUUAAAGUGGAGGAAAUAAAGCAGAAUCAGAUCUCAAA